GAUAUAUCAGCUAACGUAUACAAGUACGUGUUUUUCACGUUGCGCACAAACCGCAUCUGAACAAUACAUUACUGCAACGCUUAGCACACCUAAUUCUAGCCGCGCAUGCGGAAGGCCCGGACCCACUAUGAAGCCUAGCCGCUCCAACAGGGCUACUUCUAUCUGUGGAUCCCCUACAGACUCUUUACGUCGCCAACGGCGUUACUCUACAGCGGAACAGGCCUUGGAGCAUGCACUCAAGAGUUGCACAAGAGAACGGUCGCCUCGAGAACUUCAGAUUCUUGCUUUGGAAAAGGCGACUGCUGCGCUGAGUACACGUGCGAAUGAAUCCAGGGACCGUGCUGCCAAGUUAAGGGUGUGUCUCGCGGAUAGAGAGGUCGAUCCUAAGAGCUACGUUGCCUUGCAAUUAGAUCGUUGGAUGGAAGAACGACGGCAGUUUGAAGCAGACCGUGGGGUUAGCCAAUUGAGUCAGCAUUUGGCUUCGCUCAAGUUGAAAAGGGGUGUGCCGGAGCAAGGAAGGUUUGACGAGAAUCUUCCAGUUACACCCCUCGACAACGAGGCAAGGCGCCGGGCUAAUCUCGUUAGAUUUUUUGAACGAUCACCCACGAGGACAUCAUUACACAUCCACCAUAAGUGCAGGCCUCUUUUCGUCGACUGCACCUUCUCACGCCGGAUAACCAUGAGCGACAUUUCACCCCUUCGACUCCGUCCGUCGACCAGCGUUACUCGGAGGUUCACAACACUGAAUUCCCGUCCAAAAUCGAUUGGUGGUGAGCCAUGUGUUCCUCCUAUGCGCUCCAGCAAACCACGAGUCGCAAGCGGGCCAUCUAGACCCUCCUCACUAGUUAAAAAUAUGGGUCUUUCUAAUGCGGAAAGAAAUUCAUCCUUGUCGCAAUCGUCGACCCCUUCAUCUCGCUUGCUGCCAUUUAAUGAAUUCACUGAUGACGUGAUGACUUCCACACGGCCAUCGACUCCCCCAUUAUCCAUUGCAUCGACGUCUUCAAAUGGGGCAUCACAUGCAUCACGUGUGCCAUCGGAGGCGCCACCACAAGCGCCUUCGGGGGGCGUGGCGACUAUUUACGCAAGUUCCUCGCCACGCUCACAUACGGAGAUCCUUGCGGAACUAGACACGGACUCGGUCUGCGUGCCUGAGUACGCUGUGAACCUAUUAGAGGGGUUCGAUCUCAUUCACCACGAUAUUACUCUUCCAGAGAGAAGUCUCUCCUUAAAGCCGAGGGAGGAGGAACCCGCAACAGGAGUACCCCGUCCAUCGGAAGAAUCGGACACAGGGCCUUAUACCUCAUUCGCUUUCCCUCCGUUCCAACCGGAUCCACUGUGGUCCCACACAUCACUCAAUGCGCCUUCUACACCCCGGUCGCACGUGCCAACGCUGCACCCUCUUUCUUCUGGAUCAUCAACGCCUUCAGGCUUGAGCACGCCGACGGCUACGCGCCCCCCUGCGCUGCCCUCACGGCCACAUUCGCUCCUGUUUCUUAUGCGGAAGCGCAAGGACCUGCAGAGCAGCCCUGCAUCAUCAAUGGUAAAGCUAGACGGGGACAGUGCGCGGGGGUCGAAGCGGCGAUUUUCGUUGUUCACAAGGAAGUAGUCAGACAUGAUUCGCUUUUGGACUUGACUUGUAUAUAUUUACGAAU